GUGAUAGUUCAUCCAAAUGACUUUGAAUUAAGCAAGGAUACUUGCAAAGACGGGGUUCUUCAAUGGUGAUAUCUUUAAUCGCAUACCGGUACUUAAAAAUGUCAAUAGACUUAUCGUUAAAUACGUCGUUAACCAUGGCGAGAAACAGAGAGGUCCUAAACUGGUACAUUGAGAAACACCAUCAUGAAUAAAUCCCCAAUUACUAAUCCUAUCAUGAUAUCUAACACAUUGUAUUACAACUACAACUACAGUGCUUUCGCUUUGUUUCGAAUAGUUUCCAAAUAGCAUGAAGUUGCACUUCUCGACAUUAACCGAAAGUUUAUUAACAUUACGUAUUCAGUAACAUGUUAAGUUCAUGAUUAUUAUAGUGACAUGAGAAACAAGAUUAUAUUUGAACAGAAUAUAGUGGUAUUGUCAGCAUAAAGGUCACAAAUACAAAAUGACAAGUGUAGGCCUGCCUUCCUUCGCCAAUGAUCGUCUUGAUGAAUUCAUUCAAAAAGCCAAAGAUUUUGCGUUUACUCACGGUCUCGUUAGGCCAAUCAAAGACGAUGUUAUCAACAAAAGUGUUGUCACUCAUAACUCAUUUAUGCUUGCGCCGUCUCCUAUACCUCGGCACCUUUUUGAGAAAUUGAAAGAAGCUCAACUUGAUUUCAACAAACUGAUGUACCUUGUUAGCCAAGAUUAUGAUUUCAUAUGUAACGUGUUAAAAAGUGUGGUUAAGUACGAUGAGUUUACAAGAAAUUUGCUUAAGAUUUACCAUAAGGUUCAUCAAAAAGAAACUAAGGACAGAGGAACACUUGACAUAAUCAGAUGCGAUUACAUGUUGGAUAGUAAUGAGCAGAAAUUUAAGCAGAUUGAAAUUAAUACGAUUGCUGUUGGAAUGGCUGCAGGAGCAGCACGUAUGCCACUUCUUCAUAGAUACACCCUAAGGUUAGCAGGGAUGUACAAAGAAGCGAACCAAGUUCCAGACAACCCGAGUCUUGAAGGAAUAGCCACUUCUCUUGUCCGGGCAUGGGAGGUGUACGGCCAGCCAAAUGCGUCAGUCUUGCUAGUCACCGAGCCGGCAGACCUGGCCCGCAUCAAUCAUCGUCAUAUUGAGUUCAGCAUUCAUGAAAUUAAUCCUCGAAUACCCUUCAUGAAGAUGAGCCUUGGAGAUAUUGGAAUGCGCGCCGAUCUGACAGACGAUCAGCAACUAAGAAUCGAUGGAUGUGAAAUAGCCGUUGUAUAUUACCGUACGGGAUAUAAACCAGAGUUUUACAAGACCAAGGUGGAAUGGAAAGGGAGACUUUUAGCUGAGCAGUCAUGCGCCAUAAAAUGUCCAUCAAUAGGUGGUCAUUUGGCGGGAACGAAAACUGUUCAGCAAGCAAUUUCUGAACCAGGUGUUAUUGAAAAGUACAUUGAUGACCCGGAAGCAGUUGUUCGGAUUCGCAAUACAUUCUGCAGAUUAUAUUCACUUAAUCCAGGGCCGAAAGGAGACCAUGCUGCGGAUCUCGGUAUUGAAAAUCCGGAAAUGUUUGUCCUGAAGCCAAACCGGGAAGGUGGAGGUAACAACCUGUUUGGGAAAGAUAUUAAAGAAAAGCUCAUCGAAUUGAAGGGCUCGCCAGAACGUGCAACAUUCAUUUUGAUGGAAAGGGUAGAACCAGUAAAGAUCAACGGAUAUUCAGUAAAACCUUUGGAACCCGUAACUUUACGUGAGAUGACCUAUGAACUCGGUAUUUAUGGAGCAACAAUAUGUAACAGUAAUGGAAUAAUACAUAGUCUACAAAUAGGACAUCUUUUGCGUACCAAACCUGCAGAUGAAAAUGAAGCAUCAUUAUCAGCGGGAACUGCUGUCAAUGAUUCUCCUUUUCUGGUCUCAUGAAUACUUGAACAUGGUAUGGCCACAUGAACUAUUUAAAAAGGAGAACUCAUACCGUGGACCUAAGUUCAUUGAAGACAUUCAUUCUAUUGUACUUUAAGUUUUAGAAAGCGCUCAACUUAAAUGGAAACCAGCUGUUAAUGGUGGUUGAUAAUUAAUCACAGUGGAAAGUUUAAUCUUAAUUACAUAAUGAUUAAAAUCAGACAAAAGCCACCCAGUACAACAACCACCCGGACGAAAACCACCCAAAAUGGAAUACUCCCUGGUGGACAAUGUUGGGUGGGCCUGUUUUUUUAAAAUAUUUUUUAUCAGCUUUACAACUGAGGAUACUUUACACUGUGACUUGCUAUUAUACGCCUUUAAUUUCGUCAAAUGUUUUGACAAUUGCAUGUAUGUUAAUGAUCAUUGUAUAUUUCAGUAAUCACUCUGCUUAAGUUUGCCUUUGAACAAUUAACUUCAAAGAUUUAUGGAGAUUCAAAUGUAAAAUUUAUAGUAAAUUUCAAUACAUUUAAUAUUUUUUUUAUCUUUAUAGUUAUUUUUUUAUUAUUUUAUAUUCGAAAUUUAUUUAAAUAUCUAAAAGGACUUAUCCCUACUUCCCUUAAAACCUAUUAUUUUCAAUUAGAUAAUUCCCUUUAAUAAUAAUAAUAAUUUAAAUAUAAAAGUCAUACUCAUUAAUGAAUGUAGGUUAAUAAGAUCUUACUAUUUUAUCUUUUUAUCUGUUUUGAUCGAAUUGUAGUAAAACCAGUAUAUUUUUAUAAUAGUAAAUAAAAUCUAAUUAAAACAGAAUACUUUAUUGAAAAGGUUUUUCAUUUAGUAACAAAAUUAAAUACUCCAUUACAUUAAUAGAAUACACAUAAAAUAUUUACAUUUACUUACUUUAAGGUAUUUUAUAUUUGUAUAAUAUUUAUUAUUGUAUAAGUCAGUCGUGACAUCAUCACUGCAACUCCCAUUGUUAUUAGCCUAUCCCCACAGUCCAAUAAUUUUAAUAUAUUU